UUGCACAAAGGAAGUGUGCUGAGUUAUAUCAUACGCUUCGCACGGGCUAGUCACGUCAAAACAUUGUUCUUCUUUCUACAAAAAUAUGGCCGUCGGUAGUUUUUUACGAUUCCGAUACUGUUGGUGAAGUGUUUUACGGCUGAAAACUUUUUCGCUUUUGCUAAACAAAACGUUUCGGAGUGUAUGGGAAUUCUGGUGAGGAGUUUUGCAAAAGAACAGUGAUAUUCGUGGGAAUUGCAGUCAAGUGUUGUGAAAGCAGAUUUAUCAACGCCCAUUUUUCACUGUUCUGUACAUUAGUGAAAUCGGAAAUUCAACUCACUACGAAAUGCUGUUACCGUCGCCACUGUUUCCCUUAGUGCGGUCACGGAGAGUCACGUGCUGCAAGUCUCCCCUGCGAUAAGAGGGCCAGCACAGGAUAAUAAACCGCUACAGCAAUAAACCCACCAACCGACUUUCCGGUGGAGACAUCCUUCCAGGAAGCGCACCGACUACACCGCCAAUACCCUAUCGGUCGACGACGCUUCUGUACGGUCUGAAAGGUUAAUCUUCGACUACAGGUUCAUCCUUCUGCAUACAGUGUCGCUCAGAAGCCCACCCGAACCAUCGUCCUUCCCGGUGAGGCGUACUCUCGAUAAGUGAAAGAUACGAUGUAUGGCAGCGGGAGCCCCCCAUCGAAACUAACGGGGGGCUCCAUGUCAUCUCGGUCGAAACGCGCGAAGAAAACCCCUUGGGGUGCCCGGGAACGGGCCGGCAUGAGCUUCCUGAUCGUGAUAGCGUUUUUCGCCAUCUUCGGACUGAUUAUCCUGACGGAGGUGCUGAUGAUUGAUGACCGAGGACGAGGCGGAGGAGUCAUCGUUCGCCAUGGCAGCAGUGGGGGUCGUUUUGGAGAAUCAGUACCCGACUACGAUGAUGUGAAGGACGAUUAUUUGGACGAUACAGGUAUAUUUGUGCGGGAAACGAAAUUCGGCAGUGCAGCAAUCAAAAAUCUUCUUAAAAACCAGAAAGACUCUAAAUUGUCCAUUGGAAUAACCGUACAACUAGAUCCGGCAGAGCAACGAACCCCGCCCAUCAUACCGUGGGGUCAGAUGUUACCAUCGAAGACGGAGCAAAGCUUACCCAAAUACCCGGUCGAUAUGCGUCCCACCGACGGAUCCUGGGAAAUCGUCAACGGAACCCGGUACAAGUUUUUCGUUUUCUCCGCCUACUACGAUCGACGUGACGGAAAGCUGGUGCGUGUGAUCGGAGCAACGAAGACUCGUGGUCCGGAGAAGGUGUGGUGCCGAUUUUGGUAUCAAACAGGACUCAACAGCACCAAGUUCCGAUCGGCGUCGGUAAUGGCGAGAGUGAAGAUCAUUCGAGAAAAUUGGAAUUUGAAAUACAGCGCAUGCUUCAUUCUGUGCCCGAUUCGUGGUCCAUUUCCAGAGAUUCCGUAUGCUGUUAGCGUAGUUAGCAAAAUAAGAGCCCCGCCGGGAAAUGUUCUGUUGCUUAGAAAUACCGAUAACGAUGCAGAUUUCAACAAUCGAACGUUCAGUAAUAUUCCGAACAGCAUUGGAGUUUGUGUGAAACCUCUGCAUUUUAAUUAUGAUCAGGCCAUUUAUUUACUAGAGUUCCUGGAGCUGAACAAUCUGCUAGGGGUGUCGCAUUUCACAUUCUAUAACCACACGAUUGGGCCAAAGGCUAGCUGCAUUCUGCGGCACUACAUCAGUGGCGAUUUGCCGCCACUGAUCUUUCCACAAUCUAACACAAAAAGUCACCCUUUGAGUACCGACCCUAGCAGCAGGAAUGAGGUGCUGCAGAACGACAAUACAGCGUACCAGAAGCCGAAGAUGACUGUAAAUAUUUUGCCAUGGAAUUUGCGAAUGCGAUCUCAGAAGGAGAUCCGUACCGAAGGGUUGUUUGCAUCAUUGAACGAUUGCCUAUACAGGAGCAUGUACAGAUACUCACACGUUGCACUAAUUGAUUUAGAUGAAUUUAUUAUACCACACCACAACGACACUUUAAUCGACUUAAUCAACUGGCUUUCCAAGCGAAUCAAUAGCAGGAACACGGGAGCUUAUUCGUUUCAGAAUGCUUUUUUCUAUUUACAAUUCGCUGACGAUAAUCUCGUUUUCGAGGAUAAUUCCGAGCAGGCCAACCUACGGGCUGCACUUACAACGCAACGAAAGACGAGACGCCGCUCGAAGCUUCAUCCUCAGAAACAACGCUCAAAGUACAUCUGUCGCCCGGAAGCAGUGAUUGAGGCGGGCAAUCAUUUUGUAUGGGAGUUUUGUCCCGGUCGAGGAUCGCUCAAUGUCCCUGCCGAUGCAGCGAUUCUGCAUCAUUACCGAGUAUGCGAAUUCGGUGGCGAUGACUGCAUCAAAUCACCUUCGGUAGUUGACCGAACAGCUCAUCGUUACUCCAAACGAUUGCUGGACCGGGUCGGAACUGUUUACAACUAUCUUAAGGAUUCAUGCGAUCUUCCAGAAAUCCCAAGAGCUCCCACGAAACCACCACCGACACGAAAAAAACAGCUCAAAGUACGAGUACCAAUCCGGCCGGAAUCGCUUGCAAGCUCUAAAGCUGGCAACACUGUAGAUAGCACUAAACUGAAUGCCAGCAGCUACCACAGCAGCAGUAGCAAUAGGAGCACUUUCGCCGGCUCCUUAAUAAAGGUGAUAUCGAACCGUCGUGUUUAAUGGACAAUUUCGCGAGCAAUGAAGACGAUGUUUUUAUACACAAUGGCAUAGACGAAAGAACAACUCAAGAAACUGGAUUGUUUGUUCGAAUACUUUUAUUGGAAUAUCCAGUAAAACUGUUGCCGUGGUUUUAUUAGUAGCGUAUAGCUUGGGGGAAAAAUAUUACGAAACAUAACGAAUGGUAACGACACAAUCUUUAAUUUUAUAACGAAGCAGAAACAUAAAAUACGACAAAUAUUAUUAGCUUCUAGCCAACGGGUAGAACGCCUCUUCAGCCUACUGCGAUUAUAGGCACAAUGCUCACUUGUAGAACAUUCCUAGGGCGGUUGUAUGCAAUUAAUGGCCUACUAUUAUAUUGCUUAUUUGAUCACUUGUUACACACACUUGAUGUAACGUACUCUUUAUUCCAAACCAUUUAUGUAAUGAAGCAAAAUCAAAAAUCAACUGUUAUCACAUUGUGUUCAACGAUUACGUACCAUCUUUGUAAGAGGAUCGAUGAUGUUUGAGAAUUUGAACACGGAAGAUUUUUGCAAUAAAAUCGAAGAUCUCGAUGUAGAAAUGAGCUCCACUUGCUUGUCUAUUGAAACCAUAACCAUAUUCAAGAAUACUACAGCUAAAUAGAGGAGAAAUAGAACACGGCAUAUCACUACAUUUAUGUUUUAGCUUUAGUUAUGUUGUGUGCAACUCGCGUUUCCGAGCUGCAAGGGGCUGGAAAAUCGAUAGAAGACCACAAACACUUCUUAUCAAAUCAAAGCAAGCAUCUGGGGAAGAUGGGGCAAAACAUAACAUUUGGCCAAAACGAGGAUUUCAAUUUUCAGCUGUAGAAUACUAAGCAGUUUUUUGAUAAUGUGUUGGUGCAUAACAAAAUGUUUGGUAAAGAGGAAUAUUUUUUUAUGUUUUAAAUAGAUUAUACGCGAAUUUCUUUGUAAUUAACUGAAGAUAUUGGUUAAAAGCAAUAAUAAAAAAAAUAGCUCUUACGAUUCUGUAGUUAUGGGACGGAGAUAGUUUUUGUUUAUCAGUGUGUGUUGCCGCCAUUUUCCCUACAUGCAUAAUACAUAGCUCAAAACAGAUACUAUAACAGAAUAGUUUAUGGAAAACACGAAUUAAACGGGAAUGGUCGCAUGUCAAAUAUGUUGCAUAGCAUGAAUUGAUGCAAUUAAGGUGCAAAAUGCAUAUGGCUAGUGGGCUAUUGGAAUGUACAAGGAAAUAUACGAUGAACAUUUUUAGAGGAAGAAAUCAUAACUGGUU